CCUUUCCGCAUCUCUCUCUCCUAUAUCUUCCUUAAAGUCGGGAACAGUUGAGAGAGAGAGAGAGAGAGAGAGAGUUAGGUUUCUUUUCUAUUCUUUUUUUUUUCUUGACAGGUUCCGAGGAGGCUUGCCUGCUUCACCGUUGGAACGACAAGCAAAGUGUUUGGCACAGAGGUGUUGGAGUUUGGAAUCAAUAAAUUUGAACUUAACAAGUUGAUUUGUGGAAAGUGAUGGAGGUAUAUGGCAAAACUAUGGUGGCUGGACCCACAAAAGUUAUUUUUCUGUCAACCAUGCUAGGCCGAGACGGGCCAGUAUCAGUCCACAAAUGUGACUGGAAAUGUGAAAAUGAACAUGUUUUUGGAAAUAUGUACCGGUGCAAACUAACAGGACUGACUCACAUAUGUGACAAAAACUGUAACCAGAGAAUUUUGUAUGAUAAUCAUAGCUCCCUUUGCAGAGCAAGUGGGCAAAUUUUCCCCCUUACACCCAUGGAGCAACAGGCAGUUAGAGGCAUCCGGAGGAAGCCUGAGGAGGAGAAUUCCCCCAGUGAUAGCUGUGCUUUUAAGCGUAGACGGGAUGCACAGUUCCAUCCUUCUCCUUUUGAGAAGUCCUUCUCUGCUGUCAGUCCAAUCUGCAGCCAUGUUGGAGAUGGCAUGGAUAUGAGCUAGAUUUAUAAUAUAACUGACAAGACUUCUAUCAUUUUGCUUAAUCAUGUUCCUUCAAAUUGUUUCUUCUCUUUUCAUGAGACAGUUAUGGAUAAUAGAAUCUAAUUUGCGUAGCUCAAUGAUGGAUCAGAUGUGUCCUACGGAACGUUAUAUAUAUCUUGUCUGAUUUAAUGCAAUUUAGCUCUUCCAGUACUUUCACUAUUGAAUGGGGAUGUCAAACAGCCUCUGUUCUCUUGUUUAACUUAAAAUGAAUUUUGUUUCUUUUUCUGCUGGUCUGAGAUUUAAACUAUAAUGGCUAGAGGCAGCUUUCAGGUCUUUUGUGACACUUGAAUCAUGGUUUUGCUUUGAAAUUGCUGUGAUGAUUCUUGUGGUGUACUUAUAUUUGACUUUUUUCCUACCUUUCUAUGAUUACUUUUUAUCGUCUUUUAGUAAAUUGUAUGGUAGAAACUUAAUUUGUAUUCAGAUGUAUUAUAUUUAGCUAUGAGAUUAACUUUAUAUUGACGCUUUGAUAUUAAUAAUUCUCUAUAGAUGGUAGAUCCAUCUACAAAGUUUUCUCAAAUUCUGUAUUCUAAUGGAAUGCUUUUAUUAUUUACAGAAAUCUUAUAUGUUGCCUUACUUUGCCUACCUUUGCAGGUUGAAAAGGAAUGAUCUGGUUUAUA